AAGUGUUACAAACUUCAUGGAUAUCCACCCGGGUAUAAGCCAAAGGGAAAAUCUAAUGCUAAUCAAGUCUCUUAUGAUCAAGGAGCUAUGGUUGAGCAUUCUUCACUUGGAUCAGUUCAAUGUCCAAUCACAAAGGCUCAAUGUGAGCAACUAUUGGCUUUCUUCAACACUAGCUCUAAUUCUGGUGAUAAGCAUCAAGCUGCUACUGUAAGCAAUGGUGAUGGAGUGCCAAGCUUGAUGACUGGAGUUGCUGGUGUGGCUUCUUCAUUUGGUGUUCCUGCUGGUACUGGUUUGGCAGCCACCGUUUCACAUCCAUUAACAUCUAAUUCCUAUCUUGAGACUAUGGCAGGACCUUGCUCAUUGGAGCACAAUUGGUCUGGGUAGAGAGUACAAUGGCCUUUACCUGCUGGAAGAAAGCAAAUCCAUUUCUACUUUAGCUUCUGCAGUGUUUUCUGUCAAUUCUGUUCAGCCACAUGUUUGGCAUCUCAGAUUGGGGCAUUUAUCAAAUGCUAAAUUGGCUUUGAUGAAGAUUAAUAAAGUGCCUCUUCAUGGUUUUGUAAACAAUUUUCAUUGUGACAUUUGUCCUCUUGCAAAACAAAAACGAUUACCUUUUAAUAAAAGUGUUCAUAUUUCUGAAAA